GGACUGCUCCAGUUCUGAGGGCGUGAAUUUGCCAAAUCUUUAUCUUGGGCUAGCCGUGCCCUUGUGCUUUAUUAACCCGUGUAAGAUCCAGGUCUCAAAAUUCAUUUCCCGCUGAUGUCCUACGGCAGCGAGACGCCGCAUAUUUGGAGUAGCUCCUCGGGUGGUGAAGUAUCCCCGUACGGAGCCCUGUGGGACGCCCCUCCAGCACCAUACCCUGACAUUCUGGCUUUUCCACCAUCAGACUUAGUAUGGUCAGCGGCAGGAUGUGGCCGAAGUUCACGAUCAUCUUCAGGCAAAAAACCGCGGCGUCGUGUAGCAUCGAUUGCGCAGCGGCGAGCUGCGAACAUUCGCGAACGACGGCGAAUGUUCAAUUUAAACGAAGCAUUCGAUAAAUUGCGGAGGAAGGUACCUACAUUCGCUUAUGAAAAGCGUUUGUCACGGAUUGAGACGUUGAGACUAGCAAUCACAUACAUCAGCUUUAUGUGUGAGCUGCUGCAUGGAUCUCCACAACCUCAUCAUCCUCCGCAUGCAUCUCUUCAUCCACCACGGGUCUAUGACACUGAAGUACCAUGGUGUGCUUGAACAAUGCAGAAUAGACUUGCAAAUCGUUAAUUUAUUUAUUUGUGUCAAAAUUUGACGUAUUUUUUGCAGGUUUUGAAGAUUUCAGAUGCUUAAUACCAAAUGAAGAACUUGUAUUAACUUCAUAAUCAUUAACCAUGUAUUUGCACUGACCUGUAUAAAUACCACUGGACAGGCUGUCCCAUAUGUUUGACAGCAAAUUUUUUGUGCCUAUAUGAAGCGACACUCGCGAGCGUCCAGAGAUUUUAUACUAAUUUUGACGUACAAUAGGUACAAAUGGCUGCGAAGGAACGUACAAUACUCUGACGUAUUUAUGCAUUUUAAAUUAAUUUCGUUCGUUUUUCGUGUUAUUUAUGCUUCAAGAAUCAACGUAUUAAAUUACACAAGUUUUUUUAUAAAUAGUUUUACCACCAUCUAUUGAUGUUUGCUGACGUUGUCAUCACUAGUUUUAGUACCGCAGACUCUUGCUACAUGGCCAACAGCGCUAAAGUGGCGAAUAUCAAACAGGCACAAAAGUACUUUAACAGCCGCCAGUCCAGUGGUAUAUAGUAGAGGUCAGUGUGUAUUUGUUUCUUCUAGGCUUAUAGUCCAACAAAUUUAUCUGUCCCAGUGCGAGAGUAGCUGUUACCUUU